AACAAAAUGGCCGACAUCAUGUUCGACCCCGAAUACUUUCAGACUAUCCAGCCUGUGGUGGCGCUCAAAGCAUCCCUCCCGCCUCCCGCCCCCAUCACCGACAUCGACUCCCUCCGCACCAACAGUGCCGACUUCGAGCUCGUCCUCGCCAGCAUCCCCGACUCCCCCGACAUCACCGAGACCACCUACCAAAUCCCUUCCAAGGACGGCACUCUGAUCACCCUCUACCGCUUCACCCCGGCGGCGGCGGCGGCGGCAACCCCUGGCCCUCGUGCUGUAGUGCUCUACCACCACGGAGGCGGUUUCGUCCAAAAUACCGUCGCCCAGUUCCGCAAAGAGAUCAAGCGCUACGCGCACGGCAGCGGCCUCACCUUCUACGCCGCCGAGUAUCGCGUCGCGCCCGAGCACCCUUUCCCUACCCCCUUCGAUGACUGCUACUCCGUCCUGGAAUGGCUCCAUGCCAAUGCUGCUUCGGAGCAGAUUGAUCCGGCACGCAUUGCCCUUUUCGGCGUGAGCGCCGGCGCGGGGCUGGCUGCGGCCGUUGCCCUCAAGGCGCGUGAUGACAAGGUCUCGCCGCCCAUCAAGAAACUGGUGCUGGCGUACCCCAUGUUGGAUGAUAGGACGUAUUUGCCCGAGGACCAUCCGUUGAACCCGUACCUGAUGUGGAACGGCGCCGCUAACAGGGUUGCGUGGGGGGCUUAUGCGGGUGCGGAUGGCGUGAAGGAGAUCUCGCCAUAUGCUGCGCCGGCAAGAGCGAAGGACUUGUCAGGAAUGCCACCAACCUACAUCGACUGCGGCGAGCUGGACUUGUUCAGGGACGAAGACGUGGAGUUUGGUGCAAGACUGCUCAAGGCUGGCGUCCGUGUAGAGCUGCACUUGUACCCUGGAGUUCCGCACGCGUUUGAGAUGGUGGCAGUGAACAUCAGGGUCUCGAAGAAUGCGGUCGAGAACAGACUUCGGGCGUUGGACAACCUAUGAGUUGAUGUACUUAUUGAUGGAUAGAUACCUACUGAACUCAACUUGCGUCUACAGCCAAGAUUGAUUCGGCAAACGUUUUGAUA